AUGAUUCUAAUCUGUUCGAUGAUCCAGAACUUCCAGUCUGAAGCUGUUAGGGGUCAUCAAGGGGCUCGACGUGGGAGUCAUACUAUCAGUAUCAUACGCUCGACUAAAGACAUGGGUAAGAUAGGGCCGGACUGGAUUGAUCGCAUGAUUGAACGCGAUAUGGAAGAUGCGAGACGGAUACAGGACGAGAUUGAACGCGUGAUGAAAGCUGAAAAAACCCAACAGUUUAUAAGUAAGGAACACAAAAUUGAAGGAAAAGCUGCGUUUAUGGGAAAUUCUCAACAACAUGAGUCGACGAAAGGCAAUGGUGCUCAGGGAUUGUGGGAGCUCUAG